AUGGCUUCACGAAUGGCUUCCAAGCGGGUAUGCGCUGCAUUGCGUACAUCGCGCGUCAACUACACUUCCACGCGGUUUGCUUCCGCAGCCUCUGCAGUUAGGGGGUCCAGUCUACCGCAGGAUGUGAAGGACGCCAUAGCCCGCGACUCUACACUACCUACACCCGACCCGCCCUCCUCAUCCAAGACAGCCGGCCUUGUCAACCAGCAAUUGCCAUACAUGGUCCCGACCUAUGUACGACCACCACCCAUGUUCGAGAAGGGGGAGGGAUGCUACAUGUGGGACAUCGAGAACAGGAAGUACCUAGACUUCACAGCUGGUAUUGCCGUCAACGCGCUGGGACACUGCGACGCUGGCGUAGCCCAGGUCAUUUCAGAACAGGCCAAGCAACUCAUGCAUACAUCGAACCUCUACCACAACCCACACACAGGUCUGCUGUCAAAGCAGCUUAUUCAGCUCACGCAUGCGACCGGAGGCUUCGCCAGCGCGACUCGCACAUUCAUCUGUAACAGCGGUUCCGAGGCCAACGAGGCCGCCAUAAAGUUCGCGCGCAAGGUCGGCAAGUCAAUGUCACCGGACAAGGAGAAGUACGAGUUUGUGUCGUUCCACAACUCAUUCCAUGGCCGGACUAUGGGAAGUUUGAGCGCGACGCCAAACCCCAAAUACCAGACCCCAUUCUCACCAAUGGUGCCUGGCUUCAAGUACGGCACGUUCAACGACGUCAACGCAGUCAACGAGCUGGUCACCGAUGCGACAUGCGGUGUCAUUGUAGAACCAAUCCAGGGAGAGGGUGGUGUCAACGUUGCGACACCCGAGUUCCUUCUCGCGCUCCGAAAGAGGUGCACAGAAGUCGGUGCCGUCCUGAUCUUCGACGAGAUACAGUGCGGUCUGGGCCGAACAGGUACCUUCUGGGCACAUGGAGGCUACCCCAAGGAAUGCCAUCCCGACAUUGUGACCACAGCAAAGGCACUAGGCAAUGGUUUCCCUAUCGGCGCGACCAUCGUCAACGACUUUGUCUGCGAGCACAUCAAGACCGGUGACCACGGCACCACUUUUGGUGGCAACCCUCUUGGAUCGCGCGUCGCUUCAUACAUCCUCUCCCGCCUGUCAUCGCCAGAGAUCCUCGACUCGAUACCUGCCAAAGAGCAAGCAUUCCGCAAGCACUUUGACGCUCUCCGACAGCGCUUCUCGAGCCAGAUCAAGGAGGUCAGAGGCAAGGGACUGAUUCUAGGUCUUCAACUUGACGUCGAUCCAACACCCAUCGUUACUGCUGCCCGUGAGAGAGGUCUGUUGAUCAUCACUUGCGGCACAAACACCUUGAGGUUCGUUCCGCCACUUGUCAUCACUGAAGCAGAGAUCGAAGAGGGCAUGCAAAUCCUGGGACAGGCGAUGGAAAGUGUAUGGGUCAAGCAUGAUGAUGUAGAGGGCACGGAUGGUCAGCAAGAGAUGCGAUAA